ACUCAAGCAAAGCAACCUCUCGCUCAAACAAAACACUCGCUUUUCACCUUGAACCACCUUCUUCUACAAAAACAAAACCGUCAUCAUGAAGGUCACCGCCGUCUUCGUUACCGCUCUCGCCACCCUCGGCGCUGCCUCUCCCGCCAAGGGCUGCACUCCCGGAACCUACUCUUGCACUGGCGACCUCAAGGGCUGGCAGGUCUGCGAUGUCACCCGCAACUGGGUCUUCGCUGGCAUCUGCCCUCCCAAGACCGGCUGCGUCUUCUACAAGCCCAGCAACAGCCCCUACUGCGUUCCCCCAGGCUUCAAGUUCCCCCAGAACUAGACGCGCCCACUCUUAAGACGAGGAUAGCCAUUGGAGCUGCAGUCUCCUCGAAAUUGUCUCCCCUAUCCUGAUCGUCAAGAUGGAAACUGAAUCGUUUGGGUAUGGGUUUGGGUUCUGGUACAUGAUUUACUUGCUUCAUGCUUGCAUGAGUUACGAUCCUUUUUAUGUGCUUAAUUCGAUAUAUGGAACAUACACAUACAUGAGACUGGGGCUUCAAGUCGGAUUAGAUAGGUAGCAUAGCGUCCGCAAAUCUACCACAGUACCCC